CUCUAAGCACCCCAAUUGUAUAAUUUUAUGACAUUGUGUUUACUGUGUUAUUAGGAAAAAAAAUAAUUGUGCAAUUAUUACAAUGAUACCGGAAGAAAUUCAUAUAAGGAGUCGUGCGACGGCUCUGAAGUUCAAAUCUGCUCAGAGAUAUAACAUUUCGCCUGCCAAGUGUCACAUUGGACAUUUAGUGCUACAAGCCAUGUUGGAUGAACCGGAGAUGUUGCACCAAAUCGACGCAGCCACCCAUGCCAGUGAGACGAACCUGUCGGUGGCCACGCGGUCAAUGAGGCUAGCCUGCGCAAUGAACAAUUACGGCCUCAAACCCGGCGACCCAGUCAUCGUUAUGGGCCCUAACCACCUCGAUAUGGCCAUUCCCUAUUACGCCUGCCACUUCGGGGGAUAUCCCUUGUGUGGAAUGGACCCACAGACUGGCGAAGCCGACCUCAAAGGACUGUUCCCGUAUAUUCGUCCAAAAUUGAUGUUUUGCCAUAAAGCCAACCUGGAUUGCGUCAAAAAAGCAUUUUCAUCGAUCAAUGAAACUGGCAAAAUUAUAAUAUUUGACGACGAAGGCAACAAUAUGGAGACCUUUAUACAAGAAUACAAAGGAACUGAAGUCAAUUAUCGACCAAAUGAGUUCGACCACUCAGAAAUCCCAGCGUGGUUGAUUCUUACCAGUGGCACUACUGGACUGCCGAAGGUGGCAGUCAUUCCUUACGACACCUUAUUCAAUGGAAUCUGUAGUUGGUGGUCUGGAUACACCAAAAAAAUCAGUACAACACUAAGCAUGUCGACGUUCCAAUGGCUUUCCUCGCUCGUCUUCUUCAUCAGUACGCCCUUAAGAUCUUUCACCAGGAUACAAUUAUCAGUACCAUUAACCCCACAACUCCUUGUAGUGACCAUCAAUAAAUACAGGCCGGACGUGACUGCCUGGACGCCACAUUUAUUGGGUCAAUUUCUGCAAGCCACUGAGAAUAUUUGUGACUUAUCGUGUUUCAAAUGCGUUCUCAUUUCUGGAAGCCCAAUGGAGAAGCCAAUUCUCGACAACUUUAAAAGACGGUGUCCAAGUGCCUUCCUCUAUUUGGUGUACGGCAUGACAGAGCUUCUUGUGCCUGGGUUCAAUUACACAGAGGACACACCAUUCGGCUCAGUCGGCAAGCCCUACGAUAUUUAUAAAUACAAACUCGUCGACGACGAUGGACAGACGCUAGAGAAGCCGUUUAAAACCGGGGAACUUUGGAUGAAAGGCGACGCAUUCUUUAAGGGCUAUUUGAAUAACCCGGAGGAAACUAAAAAAAUGCUAACGGACGACGGCUGGUUCAGGACUGGAGACAUGUUUUAUAGAGACGACGAUGACAACUACUAUUACGUGGAAAGACAAAGACUAUUAAUCAAAAGUGCAGGUUAUUGGAUAUCACCCCUUCAACUGGAGCAGGUGAUCAAGAAGCACCCAGCAGUGAACACGGUGUGUGUGACCGGCAUUCCUGACAAAACACUGAUGGAGGUCCCGGUGGCCGCCAUCGUCAGACAUAAUGGCCACCAGUUCACUCCUGAAGAACUCUUCGAUUUUAUCAAUGAGGAACAACCCGAGUUCCGAAGACUACACGGCGGUUAUUUCUUCGUGGAAGCCCUGCCAGUGACCGCCUCCGGCAAGGUCCAUAGGACUAAAGUCAAAGAAAUGGCCCUCGCCGCAGAACGGAUUCUACCUAAAGCUUCUAAAUACCAAGUAGAUUUAUCAAAUUUGGCAAAGUAACUCUAUUAGUUAGGUUUUAGUGGUAUAAAUUGAAUAAAAAUGGUCAAUUCGAGCCACAAAGAAAUUAUAAAAAUAUUAUGGUCUUGUAAAAUGGCGUAUUAAUUUGAAGUUUUGGAUACUAAUCAGGUUGAUUGAAAUUUGAAACGCGACACAAAAUUAAAGCUCGACAAAUUGUAAAUUAAAUAAGUAGACUGCUGUAAUUAGGUAUUGUAGUCAUAAUUGUAUUUAUUUAUGACAAGAAAAAACAUGUGCUUGAAUAAAAUUGAUCAUUUUUAUGUAAAACAAACACAUUUUCUUUCACAAAAGGAAAGAUAACAAAUAGUACAAAUUUUUUAACUUUAAAUUGUAUACCGCCUCAACGAAAUAAGAUCUUAUAAUAUCAUUCAUUCCACAUUCUAAAUAUUAAUCCUACCACAGAAUACUUUGUUGAAUGAAAUAUUCAA